CCUGGUGAGGGGCAGUUAGGCCUUCCGCCCGAGGGACUCCUGAGCCCUCAAGGACCUCAGGCCUCAGGCACAUGCCUUCUCUCCUCAGGCGUGGGCUCUGCCCCUCAUGUUCACAUGAGGGGCCCCGAGGAUGGCGGGAUCCGAGUUCUGUGCUCCUCGGGUGGCUGGUUCCCCAAACCCAGGGUGCAGUGGAGCGGCAUGGCGGGAAUGAAGCUGCCAUCCCUCUCUGAGUCUCAGACCCAGGAUGGAGAUGGGCUGUUCCAUGUGGAGGCAUCUCUUGUGGUCACAGAUAGCUCUACGGGCAACGUGACCUGCUCCAUCCAGAACACCCUCUCCGGCCAGGAGAGAGUGUCGGCCGUCUUCCUCCCAGAGGCCUUCUUCCCCAGGACGUCUCCAUGGAAGGCAGCUCUGGCUGGGACCCUCCCUGUGCUGGGGCUUCUCCUCAUUGGGAUCAGCUACGCCGGCUGGAGAGAACAUAAAGCCAAAGAAAGAGAAGUAAUGGAAAGGGAGAAAGAAUCUCAUGAAAAGGAUAAGAUGAGGAGAGAAAAGGAACAGGUGCUUGAAGUCAAAGAAAACCUCAAGGCAGACCUUGAAAGACGAAAGGCAUUAUACCGAGAAGAUUGGAAAAAGGCCUUGCUAUAUCCUGAUUGGAGAAAGGAACAGUUCCAACCUGCUCCUGUGGCUUUAAAUCAAGAAAACUUUCAUCAGGACGAUUCUUACCCAGAGAGAAAAGAGAACUUCAGAGAAGACAUGCAGGGAGACUGCAAACUUACGGCACUAAAAGCGACAGGGUUCACUUCAGGGAGAUACUAUUGGGAAGUGGAUGUCGGGGAUGCGGAUGAAUGGACUCUAGGCAUUUAUGAGAAGCCCACAGAGAGGAGUGAUUUAAAAAGUGAUCUACUAAAGAAGUACAGAGUCUUAGAGAAGAAAGGACGUGAAUACAGGGCUCUCACCGGUUAUCGCCCAGACAUUUCCCCAGAAAAGCUUCUUGUGGAAAAGUGUCCACAAAAGAUUGUGAUAUUCUUGGAUUAUGAGGACAAUGACAUUUCUUUCUAUAACAUGACUGAUGGAACCCACAUCUUCUCCUUCACUCAGGCCGAUUUCUCUGGGUCACUCUAUCCUUACUUCGAACUUAAAUCCAUGGGGCUCUCCCCAUCUGCAUGAUAGUAAGUGACACAGAAAAAGAAUCUAUAUACCGUGAAGGCAGUAGCAAAUUCUCUGUAAACCCUAGGACUCCAGUCCUGAUGGAUGUCCUCAGGGCCACUGAUUAGGAGGACUCCUGGCUUAAGGCUCCUUGAAUCUGCAUGAGCAAAAUUUCUAAUCACAUCAAGCAGUGUUUCUCAAACAAUCUGCAGAGAAGAAUCUUUUUUUUUCUCUUUUGGUUAUUGUUGUAAAUAUCUCUUGCGUUAUGUAUUAUAUAUCACAGACUCAUACUUUUCUGAAAUAAAUUACUGGAAACAUAAUGAAGUGAAUAAAAAACAAAGGCAUACAAUUACAAGGAGUAAUUUUAUUAUUAGAUACAAUUUACCUAAUAUUUUCUGUCAUUUCUCUAAAUUUUUGUAAUGCUCUAUUUCUGUGUUUGUUUCGUAAAGAACUAGUAGGAAACAGUUGUAAAUAUACACUGGUCUGUGGAUCACACUUUGGUGGCACUGCUCAAGGAAUAAAACUUAGAUAUACCUCAGAUUUCUUGACAGUAACACUGAAUAAAAAUAACAAAAGAGUGCUGUUUUCAAAUGCCGAGGGAGAAAAGUUAAACUGUACUUUGAUAACAAGCUAAGUUAUUUCUUAAAUGCAAGGAUAAUUUGAGAAAGAAAAAGUA